AUGACGGAUGCCACAAAGGUCGCUUCGCCGCCUAAGAAAGAGGCAUCUCCUCCUAAACAUGCGUCGUCUCCGACGAAAGAAGUGCUAUCGCCGCCGCUGAGCGCCGCAUCAUGGAAGAAGGAGGCGUCUCCUCCCAAAGAGGUUGUUUCGCCACCACUUUCUUCACGACGAGAGGAAAUUAUAGACGCACCUCGGACUAAAAAUGUUACUCCCUUAAAAAAGGAUCCAUCUCCACCAAAAAAUCAACGGUCUUCCUCUUUGAUCAAAUCGGACGCUUUCAAAAUUGCCAGUUCACCGACUGGAAAAGCCAACGGAUCGCCCCCUAAAAUGAUGAAUAUGUCGCCUCCAAUGGUGAAGUCACCGCCGCUCUCUAGAGAUGAUCCCACCCCUCCCACCGAAAAAGCAAUUUCGCCUCCUAAAAAGAACAAUUCUCCACCGUCAACCGUUUUUAAAAAUGUAAAGACGGAUUUAAAAGAGGAAGAAAAUACUAUUACAAGAACCCUUAAAAGGGAAAAUUCCAUAGUGAGGGAGGCGCCACCGCGUGCAGAAAAACUGUCGCUGGUUGCAACUGAAGUCAAUACGCCAAUUGAUAAAAACGAAAAUCAAGAUGAUGCCACUAAAAACGAACAAUUGAAUAAGUCAAAAGAUGAAGAGUCGAACGGGGUCGGUGAUAAGAUUAGGAAAUUUGAGAAGGCGGCUGAAGAUGCAAGUGCCAGUGCAGGUCGUCUCUCUCGGCCCGGGUCCGUGCGCGGCCGCUCGCGAGACGAGUCAUCGCAGCCCGCCACACCCUUUAAAGAAGCCGCGCAUUUUGAUCUCGUACCUCACAAUUCGGUGAAUUCCGUCGCGGCUCGGUGGCAACGAAAUGAAAUCCCUACCGAUGUCGACAAACCACGUGCAGAGCCCCAGAAAAUAAUAAAACCAGAAUUCAAACCACUCUCAUCACCUGCCGAGGUGACGAUUCGUUCUCCGAGUUUGGGUGCCAAAAUAGCUGACCGCUUCCCUUCGCAUGGCACCGCAUUCCGAAACGUGGCUUCGCCAGAUCCAGCCCGCCCACGGGAACCGCCCAAGUUUGAAGAAGAUGGACCCACCGCAAAUGAUUUCAGGUCCUGUAAAUUCCGAAACAAGGAGCGUCAUUCGGUAAGUAAAGGUUCAAGCUACUUCACGAGGGGUUCUGAAGAGAUUUGGCUCGUGAAGAAGAAGGACAUCGAGGAAAUAGAGGAAAGGGUUCUCGACUCGUUCAGACGAGCCGGUGGAGCGCUGUGCGUGCGCAGUGAGUCCUCACGCUCCGCACACGAGGCGGGCUCGGGGCCGGCGGCGGCGGCUGUUGCGGCCGCGGCCGUGGGCGGCACGCUGCGCGGGCGUCGCCACGGGUACGCGCGCAGCGAGUCUCUCGACCCGCAGUGGGCGGGCGCGCGCGCGCACACGCUGAAGCGACAGGCGUCGGUUGCAUGCACGUGCGGACAUGACAAGAAGACGCGCGCCAAGCCCGGCGGCGAGGCGGUGGCCGCGGCGGCCGCGCGCCCUCGCUCGCGCUCGCACGGCGACGAGAACGAGCAGGCGCACGUGCUCGACAAGUACGAGACGCUCGUGUAG